AUGGAUGAAUGUGAGGCCCUUGGCAUCACCUCAGUGGAUACGCUCUUCAGCAGUUCCAAGGCUCUCCAAGAAAACAAGAUAUUCAAGCUGAAGGACAACAUGUCAGUUAAGGAACUUCCUGGAGGAAUUUUCAGGACCGUUUCCUUCAAAUAUAUUUGGAUUGAAGAAACUGUCGUGGAGAAAAUAUUUCUGUCCGCCAUUCUCAAAUCACAGGAUCAGCUGGAAGGGGUGAAAAUUAUUGAUAGCCGUCUGGAAGAGUUCCCCUUUCAAUUUCUUCCCAACUUCACUCAUCUCAAGAGCCUCUCACUCUACAGCAAUUACUUGACCUCGGUCCCAGCACUGCAAAGUCAGAGUCUAGAGUCCUUUUCUGUUUCCAAUAACACAAUUACAAGAGUGGAGGAAGAUGGAUGGGCGACUCCCAGCUUGAAGUUUCUUGCUCUAUCUGGCAAUCCCCUGUCCGCAUUUCCGUCCAAAAUCUUCAAGGGCCUGCAGAAACUACAGUCUUUCUUCUGCGCUGGUUGCAAUCUGGGACCCACCCUCUCCAAUGGAUUUUUGGAAUUCGGAAGCCAGGCGCUGAAGGUGGUGUCGCUGCUUGGUAACUACGUGUCCAGACUAGAAUCAAAUGCCAUCACAGGUAUUCAACCUGACACGAAAGUUUACCUCAGCGAAAACAGGAUCGAGACGUUAAGGAAGGAGGCUUUUCACACCAUGCUGGCGAAUCUGUCGCUUGGGACCGGGCUCCUCUACAUGGCAUCCCAUCAAGUGCGAUUGCCAGAUGACAUGGUUGCAUCUUGCUUCACAUCUUUCGACAAAAGUGAAUGGCUUCUGCGAAGAUGGGACGGCUCUGAAAUCUCUGUGCAAAAAGUCCUUUGA